UCUAUCCAGUCAGUGCUGCGUUCCCGUAAGUGUAAUACCCGCAUGCGCAGUACCAUUAGGCUGGUUGUUCAUUCUAGGUAAUGUAAGCGGAGAUGUGCUUCUGCUGCCAGCGAGGACCUCAUACAUGACUUCUUUGGGGAUAGUUUUCCACAUGCCUUUUGUCGUUUUUGCCAAAUUCGGGAUUGAUGUCGAGUUGUCAAUAUAGCAGUGUUGGAGAUCAACGGCUAUAACGGCAGAAUACGGUAAUUUAAAAGCGUUGGGCAUCAUAUUGCAGCGGAUGUCAGUACGCGCACAUAAAUAUCGAGAAGCAUAAGCAGGACCAAAUCCAAACGCAGCCAUGGAAGCUGUCACCCACUUCAUGAAUGACACGGUAGACUUCUACAGAUGGAGCCUUACUAUAGCAGACAAGCGGGUGGAGAAAUGGCCGAUGAUGUCAUCGCCCACACCCACCCUGGCCAUCAGCUGCCUGUACCUGCUCUUCCUGUGGGCAGGGCCUAAGUACAUGCAGAACCGUGAGCCUUUCCAGCUAAGGAAGACCCUCAUAGUCUACAACUUCAGUAUGGUGAUACUUAACUUCUACAUCGCCAAAGAGCUUCUCCUGAGUGCGAGAGCAGCCGGGUACAGCUACCUGUGUCAACCUGUCAACUACUCCAACGACAUCAAUGAAGUCAGGAUAGCAUCUGCUCUGUGGUGGUACUACAUCUCUAAGGGAGUGGAGUAUCUGGACACGGUGUUCUUCAUCCUGAGGAAGAAGUUUAACCAGGUCAGCUUCCUCCACGUCUACCACCACUGCACCAUGUUCAUCCUCUGGUGGAUCGGAAUCAAGUGGGUCCCUGGAGGACAAUCAUUCUUCGGGGCCGGCAUUAACUCAUCUAUCCAUGUACUAAUGUACGGAUACUAUGGCCUGGCCGCAUUCGGACCCAAGAUCCAGAAAUUCCUCUGGUGGAAGAAAUACCUGACCAUCAUUCAGAUGAUCCAGUUCCAUGUCACCAUUGGCCAUGCUGGCUACUCGCUCUACACUGGCUGCCCGUUCCCUGCCUGGAUGCAGUGGGCCCUCAUUGGCUACGCCGUCACCUUCAUCAUCCUUUUCGGCAACUUCUAUUACCAGACGUACCGGCGCAGCCCGCGCCCCGCCCACAAGGUGGCCAAGACCGUCACCAACGGCGUGUCUGUGGUAACCAAUGGCUACAACAGACUGGAGGAGGUAGAGGAGAAUGGGAAGAAACAGCAAAAAAAGGGAAGAGCAAAGAGAGAGUGAGGACAGGAAGGAGAGAAGAAGCCUCUGUAAGCCCAGCAGGAGGACUGUGGGGUGAAAGGGCAGAGUUAGGGGUGAACCAUCUGAUUCCAACACACCUCUUCCCCUGGAAGGAUGUGAUUUGUGACCAACUUGUCAGGUGAAGGGGUAGGUCUGUAUGUGUGUGAGUGUGUGUGUGUGUGUGUGUGUGUGUGUGUGUGUGUUCAGGGUUUGGUGAGGUUUUGGUACAAAGGUAUAGGGUGGAAGGAAGGGGGCUGGUUGUCUGUUUACAACAAAACAAAAUGGCUGCUCUUCAAGUAGAGUUUGUGCUCUGUCUCUUUACUUUGAGGUCCUGGUCAAAGACAGGACCGUAAAAAGACCACAACACAACCACAGGGACUCCCAAACUGUUGGCAGCCACAACGUUUCCAACCAAAACUCCACCUACACCAUUUUGUACUUCUCUUCGUUUUAACUUAAAGCUGAUAUAGUGAUAUAAGUGCUUAUUUAUUUUUUAGAAUUGUAAACGAGAUUCUACAUAAAAUCAUUUCAAUGGAAGCAUCUUCCAGAAACAUCUACCAAAGAGCGUUUAUUUUGCAUUGUGUGGAGUUUUAUCAAGGAGAACAGUACAGGACACAGUACUGUUCUCCAUUCCAUGUGUGUUCCUCUCUUGGUGUCACUGGCACAAGUGUCCGAGUACAGGUACUAAAGACCUCCCCUAAAGUACAUCAUACACACAGACACACACACACACACACACACACAAAGGUUAUGUUGGUGUCCGUACAGCAGAUGAGGAGUUGACGACCAGUGUAUGUUGAGCGUACGAAUAUCUAUGGAAUGUUGGAGUGGGUUAAGUUAUUAUAUUAUUAUGACAUUUGGUUGGAUAACAUACUGUACAUGCAAGUUGGUUGACAAACAGCUUUACUGUCUAGCUAUUGGUUUGGUUAUUACAUUGGUCCUGUGCAUUUCUAUUGGUUUAAUGUUUUGUCGUUGUGGAUCUUAUGGGUACUCCGCAUCAUUUUUCUCUCUUUUUUCUUUUUGCUGUGCAAUGUAGCUACAGUGCCGCUGGGGAACAUGUCAGACAGAGGACAACCAAGUAGAACUGAGGGGUAAAGGGAUGCCUCAUCCCAGAGGGCUUUUUUAAAAAUCAGUAUAUUCAUUAUUUUAUUUAAAUAAAACACAUACAGCUACUGGCUGCAGGUAUAAUGGAAAUAAAGAGGAUGCCAACAUCUAGUCCUUUCUUCA